UUCUCUACAUUAAUCCUCACAUAUAUAUAAGUAUAUAUAUAGUUCAUAGUACAUCUCUGCUAUUCCUCCCCCACUAAGCAUCCCAUUCACUGCUACAAUUCACUCUCUUCACCAUGGGAUCUCCGGGAAGUGAAAUAUUCAAUGAAUUUACGAAGCUAUGUAAAGGACUAGUACUGAUACUCCUCGGUAUUCACAUCGUGGUUCAGCUUAUUCCUUCUUCCCUUACUUACUUUGCUCUUAUUCCCGCCAGGACGAUUCCUUUUGGUUGGAACCUCAUAACUGCCGGUUACAUUGAACAAUCAAUUCAAGGGCUGGUGGUCAGCACUCUUGGUCUUCUUUUCAUGGGGAAGUUGCUUGAGCCGAUAUGGGGUUCUAAGGAGUUCUUGAAGUUCAUCUUUGUAAUUAACUUUCUAACUUCUGUCUGUGUUUUCAUUACUGCUAUGGCCUUGUACGGAGUAACAAGGCAGGAAAAUUACCUUUACAUGCCACUUUCUGGCUUCCAUGGGGUGCUAGCAGGCUUCUUGGUUGGCAUCAAGCAAAUGGUACCCGACCAAGAGUUGCCUCGGCUGAAAAUAAAAGCAAAGUGGCUUCCAUCUCUUAUGCUGUUGUUUUCCAUUGCCAUAAGUUUCUUCACUCCAGAGUCAGCAACAUAUCUUUCAACUUUGAUAUUUGGAACAUAUAUGGGCUGGAUUUACCUCAGGUACCUCCAGAGAAAACCAGAAUCGAAGCAUAGGGGUGAUCCGAAUGAAGAUUUUGCAUUCUCGACGUUCUUCCCUGAAUUUCUCAGACCAAUGAUUGAUCUCAUUGCAUCAAAAUUUCACCGGAAUCUUUGUGGAAAGUCUGAAGCUUUCAUAGAUACUCUGGCUUAUAGCUUGGGAAGUGCACCAUUACCUGGUUCUGACCCCAUUGAAGCAUCAAGAAGAAGAGAAAAAGGGGCCAGAGCAUUGGAGGAGAGAUUGGCAGCUGAGAGUUUGAUUGCUGCUGGAAAGAAAUCAGAAGAGCUGCAGAUAAACGGCACCAACAAUGUUUGAUUGCACAGAAACUCUACCCCAUCGUCAACAAUUAUAGAGGUUACAUGAAUCUCAAUACUACAAAAAUUACUUUCAUUUUUUUUAUUUUUUUCCCUUUUUGUGACACACACGCAUACGUACAUGAGAAAUCUUCUUACAUUUGUGUAAAACUAAUUUAGUUUUACACAACGAAACAUACUGAGUUGAAAUAAGAAAUUUUAGAUUA